AUGGGGUGUAACAUGUGUAUGGUUCAGAAGCCUGAGGAACAGUACAGGGUCAUGUUCCAGGUGAAUGGUAAAGAGCUGUCUCGUCUCUCUGGGGACCCCACCCUGGAUGUGAAAGACCCGCUGCUGUCUCACGUGUUGAGGAGGGGGACCCGACGGCAGGUGGGACAUGCAGGGCGACUAGCGGGGCUAGACGGGACAGUAGCAGUGACAGGGGGGCUGACUGACUGUGUGGACAGCGGCACUCAGACUGAUAUCAGUUUCCAGCACAUCUUGACCCUGGGAAGGACCGCCCACAACCCAUGUGGAGCCCCGCCCCCUCACCCUUCCCCCUCUCCACCGCUGCCACCCAUCCUGGAACCCUACCUGCUCAAUGAGCUGUGACCUGAAUAUUAUGACCCCAACAACUACUUUGACAUCACUCAGCAGGAGGGGGAUCUCCGACAGGAUGAGUUAGAAUACGAGGAGGUGGAGCUGUAUAAGUCUCGUCAGCAGGACAAGCUGGGGUUAACGGUGUGCUACCGGACAGACGAUGAGGAGGAUCUGGGGAUCUAUGUGGGCGAGGUCAACCCCAAUAGUAUAGCUGCUAUGGAUGGCCGCAUCCGAGAGGGGGAUAGAAUAUUACAGAUAAACGGGGUGGACAUCCAGAACAGAGAGGAGGCGGUGGCCAUUCUUACCAGGGAGGACAGUACCAACAUCUCCCUGCUCCUGGCCCGGCCCGAAAUAGAGAAUGACAACCAGCUGGACCCAGAUGAGCUGGAGCUGGAGGUUCUGGACAAUGCCGUCCAUCUGCCUAGCCCCCAUCAGCUGAGGAACGGGGCCUCCGUGCUCGAUGCAGAACCAGAGGUCAUGGGUGGUGGUAGGGUGGGAAGCCGUGGGUGGGGUCACCGUGACUCUCCUAGCCUGCUCCACACGGUGCUGAGUAACAGCCAAGAGUUGGACAGCGGGGUGGGCCGUACGGACGAGAGCACCCGCAACGAGGAGUCCUCAGAACAUGACCUGCUGGGAGACGACCAGACCAGCGCCCCCACCACCAACGCCACCAACACCCCUGGCAGCAUGCGCAGGUUCCACUCUGGCCAGGGGGACAGGGACACCCCACCCCUGCUCCAUGGUCACUCCACAGAGUUCCACUUCAGCACAGACUCUCUGCUGGGGCUGGACUGUCUGGGUGGUGGAGGAGGAGGGGGGGGGGCUGUUGACCUGGCAGGGGAGAGGGUCUACACAGCUGACCCAGUGAGGAUGAUGCCUGGACUGACGGAGGAAGAGUGUGAUAGGUACAGGGAGCUCCUGGAGAUCAAGUGCUACUAUGAGAAGAACGGCAACGCUCUUCUGCUGCUGGGGGAGCAUGGGGGUCACGGGCAGGGGGGCGAUGGGGGGAUUCCUCUGGAUGUGAACAGGAAUGAGAACCUGAUGCAGCAUGAGGUGGCCCUCCUGGAAGAGGAGCUACGCCACCUGGAGUUCAAGUGUCGUAACAUCCUGAGGGCCCAGAAGAUGCAGCAGCUCCGGGAGCGCUGUCUGAAGGCAUGGCCCCUGGAGGAGGAGGAGGAGAGCGGGGCCGGAGGUGGGGCCGGGGCUGGGCGGGUGGCUCUUCUGGUUAGCGAGGAGUCCUGUCACCAUGAGCUGUCAGACAUUAAUGAGCUCCCUGAGAGGGAGCGCUCUGACAAGGACAGCACCAGCGCCUACAACACAGGAGGGGAGAGCUGCAGGACCACCCCUCUGGUCACCGAACAGUACCCCUCCCUCUCUGCACAUGGCCGCAGCAGCCUGGAGGGGGGAGACUCAGCCUCUUUGCAGUGUCGGACUCCCAGCCGGCACAGGGAGAGGGGGGGCAGGAGGGAGGAGAGGGGGCAGGCUAACCUGAACCAGCCCUACUCCCCUAACUCACACAGAAGGGGAGCGGAAGCCAAGACCUCCAGCCCGGGAGGGGCCAAGUUCAGAUCCCUAUCCCGCAACGGGGCGGCCAGGAGGGGGUCGGAAGGAGGUGCGGGACACCCCAAAACCAACGGGACAGUAGAGGGGAGGGGAAGAGGACAUAGCGCUGAGAACAGCCCUUAUCUGUCCCGCCGUCACUCUGGCCCCAGAAUCCCCCAGCGCUACCAGAGCUGCAUGCAGCUGAGGUCCCCCUGUACCUCCGAGGGCCUGGAGCGACCUAGGGAGGGCAGCGACAGUCCCAUGAGCCUGGGUAGCACAUGCAAGGACAUCCACCAGGGCCCUGUUUCCAUGCCCUCCUUACCCAUCCUCCCUCCCCUCCCGCCGCCAGCCUCACCACGUAUGGAGUGGAAGGUCAAAGUACGAAGCGACGGCUCCCGCUAUGUUGCCAAGCGUCCCGUUAGGGACCGCCUCCUGAAGGCCCGGGCCAUGAAGAUCCGGGAAGAGCGCAGUGGCAUGACCACGGACGACGACGCCGUCAGCGAGAUGAAGAUGGGCCGCUAUUGGUCGAAAGAGGAAAGGAAGCAGCAGUUGCUGAGGGCCAGGGAGCAGCGCAGACGCAGGGAGUUUAUGAUGCAGAGCCGGCUGGACUUCCUGAGGGAGUCGCAUGGCAGUGGACAACACGGGGCUCCACAGGGACAGGAGCCCACUACCAUCCUGGAGCUGAGCCACAGGAGGAGCCAGAAGAAACGGAGCCGUAGGAUCCUGGAUAACUGGAUCACCAUCCAGGAACUACUUGCUCACGGCACCAGGUCACCUGACGGGAAGAAGGUCUACAACCCUCUGCUGUCAGUCACCACUGUUUAA